AUCGCGCCCUUUCCAGUGGGCGCGGGCGASCGCCGAGUGGCCUGUCGGGAGCGCUCCGCCCCGGCGCCAUCUCCGGGAGCGGCCGAGAGCGCCCAGGUCUCACUUGUGGCUGACAGAGCCUGCAGGAUGUUUCACGGGAUCCCAGCCACUCCCGGCAUGGGAGCCCCUGGGAACAAGCCAGAGCUGUAUGAGGAAGUGAAGUUGUACAAGAAUGCCCGGGAGAGGGAGAAGUAUGACAACAUGGCAGAGCUGUUUGCAGUAGUGAAGACAAUGCAGGCACUGGAAAAAGCAUACAUCAAGGACUGCGUCACCCCCAACGAGUACACUGCAGCCUGCUCUCGACUCCUGGUCCAGUACAAAGCUGCCUUCCGGCAGGUUCAAGGCUCAGAAAUCAGUUCCAUUGAUGAAUUCUGCCGCAAGUUCCGCCUGGACUGCCCACUCGCCAUGGAGAGGGUUAAGGAAGACAGGCCCAUCACCAUCAAGGAUGACAAGGGCAACCUCAACCGCUGUAUUGCUGAUGUUGUCUCACUCUUCAUCACAGUAAUGGACAAACUGCGCCUGGAAAUCCGCGCCAUGGACGAGAUCCAGCCUGACCUGCGGGAGCUGAUGGAGACCAUGCACCGCAUGAGCCACUUGCCCCCAGACUUUGAGGGCCGCCAAACAGUCAGCCAAUGGCUACAGACCCUGAGCGGCAUGUCAGCAUCUGAUGAGCUGGAUGACUCCCAGGUACGGCAGAUGCUCUUCGAUCUGGAGUCCGCCUACAACGCCUUUAACCGCUUCCUGCACGCCUGAGCCUCAGAGUGGCCCAUGGGGGAUGGGGGAUGGCUACCUAGGGGACCAUGCCCCACUUCCUCUGGCCAUACCCACCCUGGACAGCUUUGUGAGACUUGAUGUCCAGAGCAGCUGUCUGUGUCUGUGUUGUCAAGACUCACCCCCAAUAAAGAUGCUAUUGUUCUGCCUGUGGUGGGUAG